AUGUUUUACUAUCCCUAUGUUUUGCAACGCCACACCGGCUGCUUCUCUACAAUAUGGUUGGCAGCCACUAAAGGGAUCAAGAUCACUCGCCGAGAUUUCCUGAAGGUCAAUGUAGAGCGUACAUGUGAGGACAUCAUGGAUUAUGUUCUGGCGCAGGCCCCACCCCUCUGCCCGGGCCUGCCCCGCCCCCGCUUCUCCCUCUACCUGUCCUCCCAGCUGCAGUACGGUGUCAUUAUCGUCUACCACCAGCAGUGUGCCAUCCUUCAGGGCGAGGUCCAGCAGACCAUCGAGCGCCUGCUUCGCUCGGAGAGACACACACGCAUUGACUUGAUGGAGCCUGACAGGCGGACCCUGAAUCUACCAGACUCCCUGUUUCUCCUGGAGGAGGCAGAGGGGGCACAGGACCCCUUCUUUGGAGUGAUGGGGAUUGAGCAAAAUCUGCCCAGUCCAUACAGACUAAUGCAGGCCUGGCAUGACAUAGAAGCUGUUACUCCACAGCACCCCCAGGUGGGGAAUCGCACAUCUGCACCAGAGGAAGGCCUCACUGCUUCUCCUGAUGCCAUCACCAUGAAAGAGAAGGAGCCAGCCGUCAUUCCUUCUACGGAGUUUGAGGGGGAGGAGCUACCAGAGGUCACAGUCAAAGAGAUUGACAUGCUGAUGGAGCAGCAGGAUCAGUUCAAUGUCGAGCUGGAGGAGAGGGAGAGAGAGAGGGUGGCUGACGGAGAGAGAACAGCCCUAACAGGAGCCACAGUCUCCAUUGAACAGCUGAAGCUGACCACUUUGGAGGACAGUAUGUGGCUGCUGGAUGAGGAGACCGGCCGCCCUGUUGAGGUCCCGUUGACAGGGGUCCGGAUGGAGAAGACCCCCUCUCCUGUUUCCGUGCCUGUAGCUCCUCCUUCUAGAGAAAGUAUGGAGGAGCCUGAGAAAGAACGAGAGAGAGGCAGGGAGGGCUCUAGCAGUGAGAUCCUCCAUGGCGACAUUCCCCCAAAGCAACAGGGGCGCAGACGGCAGCUGCUCUUCAUAGACCCACAAAUGCAGAUCCCCCAGGAUGAGAUGCAGGCGCAAAUACAGGACAACCUGGCCGAGACUGUGCCCCUGUCCCAGGUGCUGCUGGGGAGCCCGUCCCAGCUCAGGGUCCAACCUGCAGAGCUCCUCAGCGCCGCCUGCUGCUGUGAGUUUCCCGCCUUCCUCUCCCACAGACAAAGGCCGGGGGUGACGAACGCGGAGCUGGAGUCAGAGAGGGAGAUCGAGGUGGCAAGGGAGGAGACGGAAGGCGGAAGUUCUGCGGUCAUGGUUUCAGCUGCAUCUGAGGUGCUGCUGGAGGUGUCCAAGGAGGACGGGUCCCGGGACCAUAUCACCCCCACGAAACGAUGGUCGCCCAUAGAGGCGGCUCCCGUUCCCAUGGAGGAAAUCCCAGAGGAGCGGGUGGAGCUGCCCGAGGGAGAGGUGACCGUGGAGAGUCUGCUGGGACUGGUGUCCCUUUACCUCAAGCGCUUUGGGGAAAUAUCAUUUGACUCUCUGCUGCACCCCAAGGCCAACCGGAGUAUUGCAGCUCGUGUCUUCUGCAAACUGCUCGGGAUAUGA